CCCCCGGACCCCCCGGACCCCCCCGGACCCCCCCGGACCGCCCAACGGGUCGCGCACAGUCGGCUCCCGGAGCAGGCCAUUCAGCAUGUUGUGCCGAGCUGUUCACUGUCCCGGCUUCCAGCCUUCCAGUCACCACCUCCUUCCCUGGGUGCGGCCCACAGCUGGCUCCCGAACUCGCGUUCUUAUCCGACCUCUGGCCUUCCAGCAUGAAUCUUCUCGUUCCUGGAGCAACAUCCCCUUCAUCACUCUGCCCCUCAGUCGAACACACGGCAAGUCUUUCUCCCACCGCAGUGAAUUAAAGCACGCUAAGAGGAUUGUAGUGAAGCUGGGGAGUGCCGUGGUGACUCGAGGGGACGAGUGUGGACUGGCCCUGGGAAGAUUGGCCUCCAUUGUUGAACAGGUAUCAGUGCUGCAGAAUCAGGGCCGAGAAAUGAUGCUUGUGACCAGCGGAGCCGUGGCCUUCGGGAAGCAGCGACUGCGCCACGAAAUCCUGCUUUCCCAGAGCGUGAGGCAGGCUCUCCACUCCGGCCAGAAGAACCAGCUGAAGGAGAUGGCGAUUCCAGUCUUGGAGGCAAGAGCCUGUGCAGCCGCCGGACAGAGUGGCCUGAUGGCGCUGUACGAGGCCAUGUUUACCCAGUACAGCAUCUGUGCUGCUCAGAUCUUGGUAACCAAUCUGGACUUCCACGAUGAGCAGAAGCGCCGGAACCUCAACGGGACAUUGCAUGAGCUGUUGCGGAUGAACAUCGUCCCGAUUAUUAACACGAACGAUGCCGUCGUGCCCCCGGCGGAGCCCAACAGUGACCUGCAGGGGGUAAAUGUCAUUAGUGUUAAGGAUAAUGAUAGCCUGGCCGCCCGGCUGGCGGUGGAAAUGAAAACCGACCUGUUGAUUGUUCUUUCAGAUGUAGAAGGUCUCUUUGACAGCCCGCCGGGUUCAGAUGAUGCCAAGCUCAUUGACAUAUUUUACCCUGGAGAUCAGCAGUCGGUGACAUUUGGAACCAAGUCCAGAGUGGGAAUGGGUGGCAUGGAGGCCAAGGUAAAGGCCGCUCUCUGGGCCCUCCAGGGUGGCACUUCGGUGGUGAUCGCCAAUGGAACCCACCCGAAGAUCUCGGGCCACGUGAUAACAGACAUCGUGGAAGGGAAGAAAGUCGGCACUUUUUUCUCAGACGUGAAACCGGCAGGCCCUACAGUUGAACAACAGGGUGAAAUGGCUCGAUCCGGAGGAAGAACAUUAGCCGCUCUGCAGCCCGAACAGAGAGCAGAAAUUAUCUAUCGCCUUGCUGACCUGCUGACGGACCAACGGGAUGAGAUUCUUUUGGCCAACAAAAAAGACAUGGAAGAGGCUGAGGGGAGACUGGCACCCCCUCUGCUGAAACGUUUAAGCCUUUCUACAUCCAAGUUGAACAGUUUGGCCAUCGGAUUACGUCAGAUUGCAUCCUCGUCUCAGGACAGCGUCGGCCGGGUAGUGCGGCGGACACUCAUUGCCAAGAACCUGGAAUUGGAGCAAGUGACGGUCCCGAUUGGAGUCCUGCUGGUGAUUUUUGAAUCCCGUCCUGACUGCCUGCCCCAGGUGGCAGCCCUAGCUAUUGCCAGUGGGAAUGGUUUGUUGCUUAAAGGAGGGAAAGAGGCGAUUCACAGCAACCGGAUACUUCACAGUCUGACCCAGGAGGCCCUCUCUAUGUAUGGGGUCAAGGACGCAGUGCAGUUGGUGAACACCAGAGAGGAAGUCGAAGACCUCUGUCGUCUAGAUAAACUGAUAGACCUGAUCAUCCCAAGGGGUUCUUCUCAGCUGGUCAGAGACAUCCAGAAAGCCGCUAAAGGAAUCCCCGUGAUGGGACACAGUGAAGGGAUCUGCCACAUGUAUGUCGACCCAGAGGCUAGCGUCGAUAAGGUCACAAGAAUAGUCAGAGACUCCAAGUGUGAAUACCCCGCUGCCUGUAAUGCCUUGGAAACCUUGUUAAUUCACCGGGACCUACUAAGAACGCCACUGUUUGACCAGAUCAUUGACAUGUUGAGAGUGGAACAGGUGAAGAUCCACGCGGGCCCGAAGUUUGCUUCCUACCUGACGUUCAGUCCCUCUGAGGUGAAGUCUCUUCGCACUGAGUAUGGAGAUCUGGAGUGCUGCAUUGAAGUGGUGGACAGCGUUCAAGAAGCCAUCGAACAUAUCCACAAAUACGGGAGCUCCCACACAGAUGUCAUCAUUACUGAAAAUGAGAAAACGGCGGAGUUCUUCCUUCAGCAUGUGGAUAGCGCCUGCGUGUUCUGGAAUGCCAGCACUCGCUUCUCAGACGGCUACCGCUUCGGGCUUGGAGCGGAAGUGGGCAUCAGUACUUCUCGUAUCCACGCCCGGGGCCCCGUGGGAAUCGAGGGACUGCUGACGACCAAGUGGUUGCUACGAGGCCAGGACCAUGUAGUAUCUGACUUCUCGGAGAACGGAAGCUUAAAGUAUCUUCACGAGAGCCUUCCCGUCCCUCACAGAAGCAGCAGCUGAGGGCAUUCCAAGGAGCGGAAGGAACCCGUGGAGGAUGUUCGGAGGGGAUUUAGAAGUCAAAACUCGAGUAAAGAGUCUCAGGUGAGGGGACAAGACCUCUGUCUCCCAAUUCCUGGGCAGUUUCUGCUGUUAUAAAAUGAACCGUAGCUUCUAGGGUAGUUCUGACCUGUGUGGUAGGAUACGCAGGCGCCGUCUGAUGAGGUAAGCUAUUUCUCCAGCUCAACAGAUUGUUAGCAGAAAGCAGUUGUCCGAAGUAGGUGCUUUUCCGGUGAGGUAAACUAUCACUCCAGCUCAACAGAUCGUUAGCAAAAAGUAGUUGUCCAAAGUAGGUGCUUUUCUUUCCCGAAUUCAGUUGCCAUAAGCCAUGCAGUUCCUCCUCGCAGAGAACAGAAAGCUCUCUGCCCCACAGGUGCCACAGUGGGUUUAUCCCCUCGAUGAGGUGGAGUCCACCUUCGGCAUUCUGUGGUGCCGGAACCAGUCAUCUCCCCAUUCCGUUCCCCACAGACGGGCUUUUGAAAGUCUCUGGGUGAGAGAAAGAUAUGGUAUUUGAGAAGGUGGCUGAUUUUGUCUUUUCAGCAGGCUCAUAGAAACUGUUUUAAAAGGUAGUGACCGAAUCAUUGAUGCUGAGAGCGUCUUGUUUUUAAUUUAAUGUGGAGUAAAUUCAUGGAUGAGCAUUCCAAUAUUCGUGUACUGUUCCUUGACCAAGAGAUUUUGUCCUCACCUUUGCUUCACUCUGAUUUGUUGUCAGAGUGACAACAUCCAAGGAGUGCAAAUCCGAUUGGAAAGAUAUUUGCACCAUUAAUGCUUGAGUUUUAUAUGAAUUAUUUUAUGCCCCCUUUUCCUCCAGAAAAAUCAGAAAUAUUUUAAUAUUGUUGAGUUUUUUCUUUUUUUUCCAAAAAAUAAAAGUUCUUACGAAAUACUCUUCAGUUUGAAAA